AUGUUUUCACAGCUUCUAGAACGUCUGGGCAAAGUUGAAGAAAAGCUAGAGACUCUUUCCACUUCAAGUGGCCCAGAUAGGCCGCAACAAGAUCUCGAUCGUGUUAUAAAUGACUGGACAAUCUCAGCCUCAAAAAAUACAACCCCAUCUUCAGCAAUUCAGUCAAGCCAGUCCUAUACUCUCAUUUUGCCUACCCAACUAAUUGAGACUGGCACCUCGCUAGAGAAUGAGAGUUCAGUGGCUUAUACUGCGAAGACAUCUUGCCAAUCAAGCGAGAGCCCAAAGAGUUACGGGCACUUUCCAACGGUGGCUGAAGACUUUACAAAGAAAGCGAACUAUUUGAAUAGGACACCAUUUUCCUGUGAAGAAUGUCGACCCAUACUGCCCGAAGCUAUUGAUGAUGCGGAUCGGACAGAAUCAAAGGAUAUUCUGGUGCUGCUGGUUUACUUCUUCGAACAUACCUGCACAUUGUUCCCAAUUAUUUGUGAUCAGGCGACAUAUAUGAUGGCAUCAGUAGUGGGUGUAAGAGGAUUCCGGGAUGAGUUGCAGUCAUGCCUCAUUCUUCUGAUGAUUGCGCUAUCAAAGGCAUAUAGAGACCACCAAUCUUUGGAAAGUGGUCUGGCCGAUUUCCAGCGAGCGGUUCAAGUACUGAGCCGGCUAAGUGUUCAAUUUACCCUUCCAUAUGCUCAGGCUCAAGUUCUUGCAGCUCUGUUUUUGUUCAAAAAGGGGCGACUGCUUAACUUUUGGUCCUACCUCAAUGCGGGGUGCACUGCUCUCUCUGUAAUGAUUCAACGGGACGAAAAUUUAUGUCGGGAAAGAAGUCCAGAAGACAUAAAAACUACCCUGCGCUUAUACUGGAUCUGCUAUAAUCUCGAACGCGAUUUAGUCAAUGAGAUUGGUAGCUUUCCCAGAAGUUCACUGUAUCAAUUAGAAGACCGUCUACCGCUGCCCCUUGGUUGUGAUGAGUCGGACACCGCCAGCCUCUCAUCAUCCGUUCGCACGGUGCGUACGUAUACGUUCUUCCUCGCUGAAAUGUCACUCAAGUCGACACUUGCUCGGAUAAUCUCCAUAACGGGUGGAGACAGCUAUCUAGAAACAUCAUUGAACAGCAGUGUAGAAAUAUCUCCGCUCAUGCAAGAACUCAACGCGCAAAUUGGUGAAUGGGUCAUAAGCCUGCCGAGUUUCCUCGAUUGGUCGCCGGAGCCUACGAGAGGGACAUGUUCGCCGAUCGCCACGCGUCUGAAGCUGAUCUAUUGGUUUACACGGUUGUCGUUGUCCAAGUCUCAUAUUCUUCAUGUCCUUCACGAUUCGGAUCACCAGCUCCCGUUCCUCGGCUGGAAAUUCUUCCAAGAUGGCAUUCUGGCGGGGGUGAAUAUGAUCAAGGUUUCUGUCAUGGAAGAAUCUGAAGUCGAUGUUAUCAUGGGAAAUAGAUUAGCUUCUACAAUUUCAUUACUGAAAGAUGCUACUGCGAAAGGCUGCUGUCCCACCCUGUCAGAGGAAAAUGGUAACGUGAUUUUACAAGAAUGCAUAGACAUGCUAUGGCGACAGUUAGCAUAUAAAUCAGAGUGGAUUACCUGCCGGCUUCACGCUUUGUAG